CACAAGCGGCAAGGGAGACAGCCCUAUUUAUAGUUAUACAGCUUUUUAAAAUAUAGUCUUUCCAUCUUCUCUGAACCUGAAGAUUAUAAUAGAAAGAUAAACAAGGUAAAGACAUUUUGAAAUAAAAGGCAUGAAUGGGUCAGCCAUUGAAAACUUCUCCUGUGUGAUUUAUAACAUCUGCUUCAUGAACUGCACUUGGCAGGCAGGAAGGGAUGCUCCAGCAGACACACAGUAUUUUCUCUACUGGCAGAAGUCAAGAGAUGAAGAGGAGAGGGAAUGUGAGCUUUACAUUAAAGACGAAAAUUGCAGAAAUAUGGGAUGUAUCUUCCAAAAUGUCAGCAUAGGGAUUGAAAAAGCUUACUUCCUGGUGAAUGGAUCUAGCAAAGAUUCCCUGAUCCAGUUCUAUGAUGAGUACAUUGACCUGUAUAAAAUUGAAAAGCUCAUGCCUCCAUCAAAUAUCACAGUCAACUGUGAUGAAAUUAAAAAUGAUUGCAUAAUUCAAUGGCAACGGCCACAAAUAAGUCAUUCUAACAAAGACAUGUGUUUUAAAUAUGGAAUUAACAUAAAGUAUAAGGUAAGAAUGUCUUCACAAACACUUAACAUUAAUUCAUAUAUUUGCAUUUACCAAGAUAAUUCUAAAAGAAAACUCAUAUAUACUUCCAUACAGGAAGGGGGAAAUAGUAACAUAUUUCUAAGACCAAAUACAAGAAAGAAGUAUAUCUUGAGAAUGAGAGCAGCUGGCAGUGCCUGCUUUGUGAACCCAGCCUGGGGGGAAUGGAGUGCACCUAUUGAAUUUGGAAGUGAGGAAAUUAUAUCUUCUUCAGUAUGGAUUUUACUUGGGGUAGCAGUUGCAACACCUUUAAUGGCAAUCAUCACAAUUUUUUUCUGCAAAAGGACUGGCUGUUGGAAGGCAGCAUUCCCACAGAUUCCAGGACCAAAACCUGAUUUUUUUACACUGGCUGAUACAAACCCAGAGCUGAUGGAGAGCAAAAUACAGUCAAUAUCAUCUGAAAAUGAAGAGAUAGUAUCAGUUGUUGACCUUGUGAGAUAA